AUGGCCUGCGUGAAGGUUGCGGACUUGGAGAAGCUGAUGCUGGUGAAGGGGUGUGGCCCCAUCAUGCCGGGGUCCGACUCUCCUGGCACGACGCUGGCGUAUUUAACGGUGCUGACGGCUGCCCAAACGCUGCAAUGUGGGGGUGAGCAUGCCUUCGGGGCGAAUGCAGGGCUGCCGCAAGUGGCGAUUCCUCUCUUGCAGGCCAUCAGUGACAAGUACGUGCCAAGACUCAUCUCUCAUUCGGACCUCUGGGCACUUGCGGCCAACGUGGCCAUCAAGGUGAUGGGAGGACCUGACAUCGUGACGCACUUCGGCCGUGUGGAUGCCCAGUCGCCCUCCGAGGGAGCUCCUUCCGCAGCGGGGCGACUUCCGGAUGGCGACAAAGAGGCUCAACAUCUUCGCGACAUCUUCCGGCCCAAGGGCUUCACUGACAAGGAUAUUGUCGCCCUGUCCGGUGCGCACACAGUUGGGGCUUGCCAUGCGGAUCGAUCUGGCUUUGAAGGACCAUGGACAGCAGAUAAGCUCAAGUUCGACAACACCUACUUCCAGGACCUGCUGAACAAGACCUGGAGCAUGGAGACGGUCAAGUCGGGGAACAAGCAAUACAGGUCUGGCAAGGAGAUGAUGCUAACAACUGACAUGGCUCUCGUUGAAGACCCCAAGUUCAAGGAGUUCGUGGUCAACUAUGCCUCGAACCAGGGUGCUUUCUUUGAUGAUUUCAAGGAGGCAUGGGUGAAACUGCAGGAGCUCGGAUGUGGUCCGCCAGCUGCGAGACAUCCUCUGAGCAAGGCUGCCGCCUGGUUUUUGGGCAAUCUGCCUUUUGCAGGAGACAUGCGCAGUGGUGCCACAAACACGUGCAUGGCCAGCCUUUCACAGGAAAGGUGCUGCCAGUCCGAAGCCAAUGAUGGUGUCGGGGAUGCGCACGUGGAUGCCAAACCCAUUCUGGAAAGUGCGCUGCCAGCAGCACCUUUCAUCUCCGGCGGUGAUUCAGAACAGGAACGGAUCUAUCAGGUGACCCUUUCAAAGUCACCGGGACAGAAGCUAGGUCUGGAUGUCGACUACAUGGCAGAGCGGAAGAUUCUGCCCAUCAUGCACGUCACUGGCGGCAUUGCCGAGGAAUGGAACAAGAAGUACCCGGACAGGAAGCUGAACAGUGGUGAUAGCAUUUUGGAAGUGAACGGCAUCUCAGGGGAUGUCGUGGAGAUGCUCGAGAGAUGCAAAGCUGACGACACGCUCAAGAUGAAGCUGUGCCGAUGCCUAACUUACGAGCACCUGGUAGAGGAUUUGGAGAAACUCGUCCGGAGAAAAGAAUGCGGUCCAAUAAUGGUGCGGCUUUCUUGGCACGAUGCUGGCAUCUACAACGGUGCUGAUGGCUGCCCGAAUGCCGCGAUGCGCCUGCCUGGAGGAGGCGAGCAUGCGCUUGCAGCGAAUGCUGGAUUGCCGCAGGUCGCGAUUCCAUUGCUAGAACCUAUCGCAGCCAAGUACGUGCCGCGAAUGAUCUCGCAUGCAGAUCUGUGGGCACUGGCUGCCAAUGUGGCAAUCAAGGUGAUGGGAGGUCCAGAAAUCACCACUCGCUUUGGACGUUUAGAUGCCGAACGUGUCGGCGAUGGUGCAUCCUCAGCGACGGGACGGCUUCCGGACGGUGACAAGGAUGCGAGACAUCUACGAGAUAUUUUCUACCCCAAGGGAUUCGAUGACAAAGCGAUCGUCGCUCUCUCUGGGGCUCACACUGUCGGGAGCUGUCAUUUGGACCGCUCUGGUUUCGAUGGAGCUUGGACAGCAGACAAGCUCAAGUUCGACAACUCAUAUUUCAAGGACUUGAUGCACAGAAGUUGGUCGUCCGAGACCACAAGCAAGGGGAACCCACAGUUCAGGUGUGCAGAGUCCAAGACGAUGAUGCUGACCACGGACAUGGCACUUGUCAACGACCCUGACUUCAAAAGGUAUGUCAUUCAGUUCGCCGAUGACCAGAAGUCUUGGUUUUCGGAGUUCGACAAGGCUUGGGUACGUUUGCAAGAGCUCGGCUGCAGCGAGUUGCGAGAUGUCCUCUGA